AUGUCCGCCAACUAUACGUCCAAUCCCGUUGACAUUGCCGAAACAUUUCUCACCGGUCCAGCCACCGAUCCUGUCACAUUCUAUCCCGUGCCGUGGAAGCAAUCCAAGGUGCCGGAAUACUCUAAAUGCAAGGCCUGGAUCCUCGACAAUGUCCUCUCCCGGGAAGAGUGCAACCAGCUGAUUGCCUAUGCCGAGGAGUCGGCGCCGCGCGAGAAGCCGGAGGAUUCGCCUUGGAGACCCGCUCUUAUAAGCGUUGCGCCCGGAGUGGAAACUCGGGCUACAGGCUAUCGUAACAGUGACCGAAUCAUCUGGGACAACCAGCUUCUCGUGGAUCGACUAUGGGAUCGUUGUGCUCAGGCUGAGGGGCUGCAAGAGCUCGUUGCCACAGCCCCGUGCCCAAGGCCUGACCAUAGGCACAACAGAAAGGGCACAUGGAAGUUUGAAAGGCUAAACGAGCGAAUGCGCUUCCUCAAGUACACUCCUGGCCAGUUCUUUAGGCCGCAUUGUGACGCGGCGUACCGAGCCGACAACCCUGACGGCCCCAUUCUAGAGACAUAUUAUACCGUGCAUCUCUACCUCAAUGACGAAGGCCUAGUCGGCGGUGCAACCUCCUUUUUGUCGCGUGAUAGGACGAUGCGCCUAGAUGUCAACCCCAAGGCGGGCAGCGUCCUCAUCUUCCAACAUCCCCUACUGCUACACGAGGGAGCGGAGGUAAUCCAAGGAACCAAGUAUACCAUGAGGACGGAGAUCAUGUAUCGGUGGGUGGACGAUGCCUAA